AUGACGAGAUCCAAGGCUACUACAAAAGACAAUUCCAAACCAAACAAGGUCAUAACAGCAGAUGCUCUCUUGAUCAGAGCUCAAACAUGUCUUGAAACAUUGGACUACGACCUCGCCCGUAAAUUCCUAGCCAGAGCACUGGAAAUAGAUACUAAUCAUGUACAAGUACUCGAAACAUUGGGUGUCGUCGAGCUAGAUUCGGCAACAUCGCCGGAAUCGGACAACAUUAAUCGAGCUCGACAGUAUUUGAUGCGAGCAAUGGAACUCGCUCCAAAUGAUGGAAGUCACAAGUAUUUGUGCUUGGGACAGCUUAGUAGUGGCAUGGAAGCGUUGGCGUUCUAUGAGAAGGGGUUGGAGUUGAUGGAGAAGGAAAGAACAGUUGCGCAAGUUGACGAUGCUGAAGACGCAGAGGUCACUGCUUGCAAAAUGGCUCAAGCACUAUGCUCCAUGGUUGAGAUUUACAUGACUGAUUGCUGUGAUGAGGCUGAUGCAGAGAGCAGAGCAGAAUCUCUAUCCCUACGAGCCAUAACAUUGGACCCACAAAACCCGGAGCCAUACCAAACUCUCGCAUCAGUCAAGAUAUCACAAUCCAACCUUACAGGUGCACGAGAAUAUAUAGAAAAGUCGCUCGACAUAUGGGAGCUGCUCAGUCCAGACUCACCAUACUACCCAUUAUAUCCAACAAGACUGGCCUGUACGAAAAUAUUGAUUGAACUUGACCUGUUUGAUCGAGCCAUGCUCGUCUUGCAAUCGCUGGAACGUGAUAACGAUCAAGAUCCCGAAAUGUGGUAUCUGUAUGGGUGGUGUUAUUAUAGGUGGGGUGGGGGAGUUGAUAUAAGUGCUACUUCAGCAUUGCCAGCACCAGUACUCGACACGGCGGAAAAGAAGGCCGUCAUAGCUCUAGAUGCUAGUAUGGAUGUUGAUGAGGUCGAUCGGGUCGAGUACUGGCAAGAUGCUAUAGAGUGUUUUGAACAAGCGGUGGCCUUAUUUGCAAAGGAUGUCGAGUACGAUGGGUCGGAUAUUUCAAGGCAUGCUGUAGUAUUGUUAGCAGAACUGCAGGCAUAUGUGGCUUCAGCACCGAACGCUGAUUCGGAGGAUGUGGGUGAUAGCAUGGAUGUAGGUCAGUAA